AUGGCCUAUGAAGUGUGGGUGCUGGUUGACACUCUUGGAAAAGGACCCAUCGCCGGAGGAUCUCGAAGGAGGAGGCUCAUUCUGAAGCUGAGCCAGAAGGACACCCUGCAAGCGCUCUUUCAACAGAACCCCUACCCUGGGAUAGCGAAGGAACGACUGGCCCGAGAGCUUGGCAUUGCCAAAAGCAGAGUUCAGGUCUGGUUUCAGAACCAACGAAGACGAUGGUUAAAGCAGAGCCGAUCGCCGUCUGCAAAUAUGCGCCAAGACGGGGAAGGGGCGCCACGGUCCACGGCCAGGCCACCGUCGACACCUCCUCGACCUCAGUCUUCCCCUCAAGGGAAGUUACCCAGAGUUCUGCAAAGUCCCCAAGACUCGGCCAGAGAGGCCAGGAGAAAGAGGACAGUCAUCUCUCCUUCUCAAACAAGGAUCCUUGUGCAAGCCUUCACGAGGGAUCGCUUUCCGGGGAUUGCCACCAGGGAAGAACUGGCUCGUCAGACGGGAAUCCCAGAAGCUCGAAUCCAGAUAUGGUUUCAAAACCGAAGAGCUCGGCACCCCCAGCAGAGCGCAAGGGGGCCUGGCAAUGUCCAGACACAGGAGAGCAUGCCACCCUUGGCUGCAGCCGCUCCUUUGGGCGCCCCCACCUUCUGGGUGCCCGCGACUGCCUCUGGGGUCUGUGUGGGCCAGCCGUUGAUGUUCUUCGUGAUCCAGCCCAGCCCGGUGGCUCUCCAGCCAAGGGCCAUCCUGCCGCCUCUACAGCCUGAGACAUACAUCAGGCGGGAGCCGGAGUCACCCGUUGGUGAAGGCACGGCCCCACCGCUAGAGCCACAGCCCCAUCCUCCCAGCCUUGCAAGCUCAACAAACCUCCUAGAUGAGGUCUUGGCGGCCACCGGCAUCCUGGAAAUGCAGGCGCCUUCCGCGGGGGCCGCUGCAUAUGCAGGAGCGCACCCUGCCCUCCCAGGCGCACCCAGCUUCCUAGAAGAGUUCAUGGAGGCCACGGGCAUCCUGGACACGCAGGCCCCUUCCCUGGGGUCCGCUGCAGAUGCAGGAGCACACCCUGCCCUCCCAGGUGCACCCAGCUUCCUAGAAGAGUUCGUGGAGGCCACGGGCAUCCAGGACACGCAGGCACCUUCCCCAGGGGCCGCUGCAGAUGCAGGAGUGCACCCUGCCCUGCCAGACGCACCCAGCUUCCUAGAUGAGCUCAUGGAGGCCCCGGGCAUCACGGAAUGGCAGGCGCCUUCCCCGGGGGCUUCUGCAGAUGCAGGAGAGCACCCUGCCCUCCCAGGUGCACCCAACUUCCUAGAAGAGAUCAUGGAGGCCACGGGCAUCCUGGACACAUGCCGAGCCACGGAGGUCUCGGAGUAG